AGCACCUUCAUCUCGAAGGGUAUGGACUCUAGAAGAGGAACUUACUCUUGUAGAUGUAUUAAAAGAAUUGUGUGUUAAUGGUUGGAGAGGAGAUAAUGGAACCUUUAGACAUGGAUAUUUAAUGGAAUUGGAACACUACAUGAAUGCUCAUCAUCCUAACUGUGGACUGAAAUCUCUACCACAUGUUGAUUCUAAAAUAAGAGCAUGGAAAAAGAGUUAUGCAACCAUAUCGUUGCUUAAAAGUCGAAGUGGUUUAGGAUUUCAAUAUAGUGAUAGAAGUAUCUUAGUUGAUGAUCGAAAAUCUUGGGAUGACUUGAUAAAGGUUGAUCCAAAUGCCAAGUCAAUAAACUUAAAAAAUGGCCAUUAUUUGCUGACUGGGAAGAGAUAUUUGGCAAGGAUAGAGCUACUGGAGAGUUUGCCGAAGGGCCAGAAGAUGCUGUUGAAGAAAUAGAAAGAAUAGAAGCUCAAGAAAUUACUAAUGGCACGUUUGUGGGAUUUCCUAUUGAUGUAGUCGACGUAGAUGAUGCUUCAGGCACAAGAAAAAAUCAAGCUGCUCAAGAGGAACCUAGUGUAUCAACUAGAGCAACACAAAGUCCAUUUACUGCUCAAGAUGAACCUAAUGAAUCAACUGGAGAAGCAUAAAGUUCAUUCACAACUCAAAAAAGGUGAAACCCAUCAAUCUCAGAAACAAGGUAAUAGUUUUAAAGCAUCGUCUUCUAAAGUCAACGAAAGAGGUAGAUGCAAAAAU